UUAAAGUUAGCUAACGUCAGCUACUAAGCAGUUCAUAUAGGGGUGAGCACCUUUAUUCAUUUUCCACAUAACUGUGUCCCAUUUUCUUCUUUCUUGUAGUGCUCUAUUCUCCUCUCCAGCCUACAAAUUUUUGUGGAUGUAAUAUAAUGGGGUUCUCAAUUCCAACAAAUUAAACCAAAGCCACCCCUUUUCAGUUUUCACAUAUCUGUGAAGUGACUUUACCAAGUUCUUGUUUAUGCUUUCUUUGUUCAGUUCAUGAAAUCCCAUAUAGCCAGCCAGACAUGCCAGCUUAAUUAAAGACUAUAUACCUCCCCUUUCAAGAAUCUUUCUCAAACUGCAAACGAAAACUUUAACUGAUGAUGUUUGUGGAACCCGGGCUGAUUGGGUUUUGGAAGACCAAAGAAAGGAAUCCUUCAUGGAAGUUCCUCUUCUUGUUUUUCAUAUUUAGGCUCCUUUUGUGUUCUGGCUCGUGAUGUGUUUGCCUCUUGGAUGAUUGUAUUAGGCUUCUUCUUUAUGGGAUGGGAGAUUGAUCAGGCUAUUUCAGUAUGGAAGAUGGUGCCUUUACGCUAAACGACAUGUUCGCAAAGCUCUCUGACAACAACACUACUAGUACUGAUUUUAGUGAAUUCCUCUCCGACGGAUUCUGGCUAGAGACUACUGAUCAGGGAUCCAACUUCUGUCAGCACCAGCCUGUUCCUUUUACUACUUCCUCUUUUCCUUCUCAGCCCCUUUUAUUUUCUACCGUAGAUACUAACGUCUUAGGCCAUUCCAUUCCAAGCACAAAUCAAGUAACUUUGCAAGAAGAAACACAAAAAGAUAAGACAGUUGACAAUUUGUUUGCCCAAAUGGAUGAAUUUUCUGCAGCUAGAAGAGAACACACAGAAACUUCCUCUCCUCCAGAUUCUCCAGGCACUCAAAUGAAUAGGAUGUUAUGGAUCGGACCAAACAGUCGCAGAAACCUAAAUCCUACUUUAUCAGUAAAAAUGAGAUUGGUGCAGGCCAUUGAAUACCUAAAAAAUUCAACAAGGGAUAAAGAUGUCCUCAUUCAGAUAUGGGUGCCUGUCAAGAGAGGAGGCAAACAUGUACUUAUUACUAAUAAUCAGCCAUACUUCCUCAACCCAAACUCCCAGAGUCUAUUUCAGUACAGAUGUGUCUCCAAAAAUUACCAAUUUGCUGCUGAGAAGGAUUCAAAGGAAUUGGUUGGGAUGCCUGGACGCGUGUUCUUGAAGAAGCUGCCAGAGUGGACUCCUGAUGUUCGUUUCUUCAAACGGGAGGAGUAUCCACGAGUUAAUUAUGCUCAUCAGCAUAAUGUUAGGGGGUCCAUUGCAGUUCCUGUUUUUGAAAGUGGGAGUGGAACUUGCUUGGGUGUUGUCGAGAUUGUCACUACUACUCAGAAAACUAACUAUCACCCCGAGAUUGAAGAUGUCUGCAAAGCUCUUGAGGCUGUUAAUCUAAGAAGUUCUGGUAUCUCGAAUCCUGCCAAAGUCAAGGACUGCAAUGAGUCUUACCUAGCUGCCUUGGCGGAAAUUCAAUAUAUUUUGACAUGUGUGUGCGAUACACACAAGUUGCCGUUGGCUCAGACUUGGGCCCCAUGCAUACAACAAGGUAAAGGUGGGUGCCUGCAAUCCGAUGAGAACGAGAACUUUGCUUCUUGUGUUUCCACAGUUGACUCAGCUUGCUAUGUGCCCGAUCCACAAGUGGUGCCUUUUCAUGCUGCAUGUUCUGAACAUCACUUGCUUAAAGGUGAAGGAGUUGCUGGUGGAGCAUUCAAUACAAACCAACCAUGUUUUGCUACAGAUAUUACAGCCUUUAGCAAGGCAGAAUACCCAUUGUCACACGACGCCAGGAUGUUUGGAUUAUGUUCUGCUGUAGCAAUACGACUUCGAAGUAUAUACACAGGGUCGGCUGACUUUGUUUUGGAGUUUUUCCUGCCACUUGAUUGCAAAAAUACUGAAGACCAAAAACAAAUGUUAAAUUCACUAUCUUCUGUUAUACAACAAAGUUGCCGAAGCUUACGUGUUGUCACGGAUCAGGAAUUACAGGAGGAAAAAGAACUCCUACAACGUGAAAAGGUCGGCCUUGGAUCUCAUGAAGAAGAAUCAAGAAAACCAGUUUCUCCUGCUGAUCAAGAUGCUUCUUCAUGGCUUUCUGAAAUGAUGGAUGCCCAAAGAAAGGGUAAAGGAGCUGCUGUUUCAGAACAUGACAAGGAUGAGCAAGAAGAAAAUUUUAAGGUCACGGCAACCCCAUGGGAUUACACUCAGAGGGAGUCCAUUCAUGCAUCUACAUUCUCAGAGCCAAACCAGAUACAGGAAAAUUUUGGACCCAAAGGAGGUUCCUUAGAUUUUUCUUCUGGUACAGGAUCUCAUUCCUCAGGUGCCAAGAGAGCAGGUGAAAGAAGACGGUCAAAAACCGAGAAGAGCAUCAGUUUGCAGGUACUCAGGCAGUACUUUGCUGGGAGCCUGAAAGAUGCUGCCAAAAGUAUUGGAGUUUGCCCUACAACUUUGAAAAGGAUAUGCAGGCAACAUGGAAUCACCAGGUGGCCUUCUCGCAAGAUCAAGAAAGUUGGCCAUUCGUUACAGAAACUUCAACUUGUGAUAGAUUCAGUCCAUGGUGCGGAGGGUGCAAUUAAACUCAGUUCUUUCUACACCAACUUCCCAGAACUUAGCUCUCCGAAUAAUCCAGGGACUAGCAACUUCUCUGCUUCUAAGUACGAUGAUUAUCCGCAGCAAGUAAAUACUCAACCUGAUGUCAGCCCCGUGACCACCACUUCCAAGUCAACUUCUUCAUCUGGCAGUCAUAACUCCAGCUCAAGUUUGUUCUGUUCCACUGGUUCAAAGCAUUUAUACCCUUUUACAAAUGUCUUUUCCACCACAACGGAGGAACAUCCUGGAGGAAUGCUAAAGAGAGCGCAUACAGAAGAAGAAUUGCAUGACAUAGGUCAAGAAGAAACCAAGCUUCUCGUCAGAUCACAAAGUCAAAAGAUUCAAAGCAAUCAUAAUUCUUUGGAACCUCUGUAUCCUUUGCCAACGAGUAAUAAUCAGGUUUUUCGGGAUUCAGGUAUAUUUAAAGUAAAAGCAAUUUUUGGGAAGGAAAAGAUCCGUUUCAGCCUGCCAUCACACUGGGGUUUUGGAGAUGUUCAGCACGAGGUCCUGAGGCGUUUCAAUGUAGAAGAUGUUGGAAAAAUCGACCUAAAAUAUUUGGAUGAUGACGACGAAUGGGUGCUUCUGACAUGUGAUGCUGAUCUUGAGGAAUGUAUAGAUAUACAUAAAUUAUCUAAAAGGAGAACAAUUAAAGUCUCCCUCCACCAUACUUACCAUCCCAAUCUUGGAAGUUCAUUUGGGAGCAGUGGUCCAGCCUAAGCUACAUUUGCUGGUCAGGUUUAUUUGAUACGAAGCUAGCAGCUUGCGGAGGAUCUUGGCAGUGGCAUGUAAGUAGAAAGAACGGCUUGUUUCACUUUCUUUCUUAGUGUUAAUGAUUGAUGCAUACAAAAGGUGGGGAUGGCAGAUCAAUGGUCAAUGUGCCACCAUAUGUCCCCUAUAUGCAGUUAUUUGACAUUCGUGUUGAUUGCACACUGCAUACCCAUUGUAUCAAUUUUUUUUUUACUCAAUGGGAAUGUAAUAUAGAAAAUACAACUAAUUAAUUAAGCAUCAAGUGAUAUGGACGUUCAGUUA